AUGAAAAAAAGAAAGUUAAAAACAACAUUAAAUUUAAAUUCUAAUAAUAGAAAUAUUGGGGGUGAUUUUUGUAGUAAUGUUGUACCAUCACAAGACAACAACAACAACAACAACAACAACCAUAAUAUAAAUACAGUUAAUUUUGAUAUUAAUAAUAAUGACAAAAAUAGUAGAACCAGAAACAAUACAAUAAAAAAUAAUAGUAAUGAUUUAAAAAAAUUAAAAUUAGAAGAAAAAUAUAAAAUCUCAAUAGAAUCUUCAAAUGAAAUUAAAGAACUCUUCAAACAAUCUGCUAGAAUUGUAUUGGAAACCCAAUUGGAUGAAAGAAACACCCCCGAAGAAGUGAAUCAUUUGAAAGGCAUAAUCAAUAAUCUAAUUAAAGAGUUGGUCUUUUUGAUGAAUGAAAAUGAAUUCAGAUUAGAUUCACCCUUAAAUAUUAAAGGAGCAGAUGAUUCAAAUAAAAAUAAUGGUAAUAAUAGUAACAAUAACGACUCCACAAUAACCACAACAACAACCACGCACAAAAAACAAUUAUUGGUAGAAGAUAGAUUAAAAACAACUAAAGAUCAUAUUGAAUCUUUGAAAAAUAUUAUUCAAUAUGAAAGAUCAAAAUAUAAAAGAGAAUUAAAAAACCUAAAAUUAUUAAAAAAUGAACCAGCAGAUAAUAUAGAGACCAUAAAUUUAUUAAAUCAGUUUAAAGUGCAAGAUGACUUUGAAAAACAGCAACAACAAAACCAAAAUCAACAACCGAUGAUACGACAGCAACAGCAGCAAAGAAAAAAAGAUAGUGAAUAUCCAUCAAUUAUAGCGCCACCUCCUAUUGAAAAUCUUAAUUUUUUAAAAUUGAAUAUAUAA